AUGGACGACAUGAACAAAUACAAUUCCAAAUGGGUCGAGUUCCAUAUUCGGGACCACAUCAAGGACGGCGAGAUCUCCGUACGACACACCGUUAUCGAAGACGGCGAGUUCCACAAUCCCAACGAUCGUAGAAAAUCGCUUCAUGAAGACGAGAUCGACGAUAUCGUGAUCCCUGCCGACGGCAUCGGCGAGAUCUGUGCUCACGGACGUAGAGGCAGUGAAGGUCGUCUGGACCUGUUCCACGGCGACGCCAAGAUUUGCGAACUCCACUGGGACAAUCGUGAAGGAAGACUCGUCAACCUGGUCGAAACGCUGGACAAUAGUGACAAGUACAGGGUCGAGCAUGGGGGAUGGAGCCCAGAGGCAGGACCUCUGGGCCAUGUUUACGUGGAUGUGUGGGACAAGAGCAAGAGCAAGUAG